GGCGGGCGGGGCCGCAGCCCGCAGCCCGGCCCAGCGCAGCGCAGCGCAGACGGAGCCAUGGACUGCGGCGUGAUCACCUCCAAGACCGUGCUGCUGCUGCUCAGCCUCGUCUUCUGGGCGGCAGCAGCUGGUCUUAGCUAUGUUGGGGCAUAUGUCAUUAACACCUACAAGAAUUACGACCACUUCCUGCAGGACAAGUAUGCUCUGCUGCCAGCUGUGAUCAUCAUUUGUGUUGCUGUAGUGAUGUUCAUCAUUGGACUGAUUGGCUGUUGUGCCACCAUCCGGGAGUCCCGUGUUGGGCUGGGUUUUUUUCUGGUCAUUAUUUUGAUUAUCUUUGUUGCAGAAGUCUCUGCUUUUGUCCUGGGAUUCAUUUACAGAGAAAAGGUCAAAACAGAUGUGCAAAGCACAAUGCGUGCAGUCUUCCAGAAAUAUGAUGGGAAAAGCGCAGAGGCUGAUGUUGUGGAUUACCUGCAAGAACAGUUUCAGUGUUGUGGAGUGAAUAACUACUCUGACUGGACAACCACCCCAUGGUUUAAUAGCACUGGUAAUAACAGCGUUCCUGUGAGCUGCUGUAAACAGGAUAUUAAGAACUGCACAGGACAACUGAGUGAACCACAGGAUCUCAAUACUGAGGGCUGUGCACCGAAGGUGGAACUUGGGCUGCAGAGCGUUCUCAGCUAUGUUAUGCUUGUAAUCCUGGGAUUUGCCAUCAUAAAGUUCUUUGGAAUGAUGAGUGUCUGUGUGCUCACAUGCAAGAGGGAGGACAGUGGCUACCAGCCCUUGUAUUCGGGGGUGUUUGCGUGAUAAGAAGACAGAAAGAUUAUUUUUCAUCUGUUCCUUGAUGAUAAAAAAAAAAAAAAAAAGGAUUUGUAUAGGUGUCCCUAAAGAACAUUCAUUGUACGACCCUUUUGUAACAUACUGUAUUUUAUUUACCUGAACA